CCAGUCCUCGUUCUCUUCUGUGACCGUCAACAUGUGAGUGCACUCAUUCUCUCGCCCGGUCUCUCUUUUUUUUCUCUCUCUCACACACACACAAUUCACUCGCUAGACGCUGCUGACUUGCCAUGCUUCGUAAAAGCCGUAGGAGGUGGGAGCCUUAACUCUGCGUCCAUGUGUACUCCAGACCGGAGAACGGUGGUGUAAAUAAGAGGUCGUGUGCACCACGCAUUUCUCUCUCUCUCUCUCUCUCUCUCUCUCUCUCUCUCUCUCUCUCUUUAUCUCCAUCUCCUCCGUUCGUCGUGAACGAUGUGUCAGCUUCGUAAACUAAGCUUGCUGUUCAGUUAUUUAUUUCUUGGUUCCUGGAGUUCGGUGGAAACGGUCUUCUUCUGAGUCUAGCAGCAGAGUUACUUCGUCCUUUAUAUACCAGCAAGGAACAUAGGCAUCGAGGGCCGAACGUGAGGUGUCCCGAGACACCGCCCUUCCAGGAGGCACCGCGAACUAUGACCAACGCAGAGGGGUCAUCAUCGAUGACGCAAUCGUCAACCAAUAUGACGACAACGAUUCAACGACCAGCUACUACAACAGUGAUGUAACGAGAGCUUCACAGGAAAUACGUAGACAGGAUUGAGGGUAAACCAGACGUAUAUCAAGACCAGCACGUCCUUCGGGUGAAUCAGUCCUCGCAAAGGCAAUUAAGAGGAUAUAUCAUGGUCACGGCCGCUUUCCCGACCUUGCGCAAACCAACAACUUGAUAGAAAAUUCAGCGACUAGUGACAACAUCCAGCUGCCACAGAGGCUCAGCUUAAGCUGGAGGCAUCUUGUGCCGCAGUGAAGACCCGCUACAAGUCGUGUUUUUCGCUAAAAAGAGUUAAGAUUAUCAGUGACAUACGCGAUUUGUAAAAUAAACUCAGGUAAAGUGAAUCUGCUCCCCGAAACAGAAAUAGUGAAUAGUGAAUAUAAUAAACCUUGGGAGGGUACAAUGGUGUUCCUUUAUUACACCGCUGUGCUCUGCUGCUUUCUUGUGCUAGCAAUAAACUACAACUCCGUCAGUGGUAUGGCUAUCAGUAACGGCGACCAGGACAGACUGACUUGGGCUCCUAUUACAAGCCUCAAAUAUCCCUUCGUGACAUUCAUCAACGACUUCAACUACCCCACCUGGGCCACGAGACACCAAAUCACUAAAGAGAAUGGCCGCCUGCAUCUCAACUUGGCCAAAAACGUCCCCUUCACGGUAGUCUGCGGGGCUUGCUUCCAUCAUUCCAUCUUCAAACCCAACUUGACGGUCGAGAUCUCGGACCACCACUCCAUUUCCAUCCCGAAGAGGAAGAGAGACAAGUCCCUUCAGUACUCGGUGGGCGUCAACGAGUGCAUGAUGACCUUCCUGGUCACGGAACCCAUCAAAAAGGGCGGCGAAAUCACCUGCACCUUGAACAGGGGGAAACAGGUGAUUAAGGAGACGAUCAAGUUCAGCGCCGUCGACGUGGACAUCCAACAGCCCCCGGAAGAAUACGAGAUAAGGGCGUCGUCGCCGACCGUCAUGCUGCAGUGUCCGGACGCCGAACAGUCGCCGCCCUCGAGCCAAAACCCCGUCGUGAACGUGUGGCACGAGGAGGUCAAGGAAACGAGGUCGAAAGACGUCGGGUCGCCGAUGGUGUUCACAAACCAGACGAUUUACCUGGAGAGGCCGAAACACUCCAUGACGAUCGUGUGCUCCGUCUAUAACAUCUUCAGCCCGUCGGUCGUUCACCAGCGGCGCUACAAGGUACAGGGGAGGCCGAGUAGCGGGAAGCCCCAAUACUUCGCGGGGGAAAUUCACGCCUACGAAGAAAUGGACGCUGAGAUUCUCCCGCCGAGAAUCAGUCUGUCCACCAGUAUUCUCGCUAUCAUCAUCCUGGCAGCUGUGGUGUGCGUUCUCAUAGCGCUGAUCGGUGCUUACAGAUUUUUCUCGGCGUUCAGAGGUCAUUAAUACAGGCAUAUAAUGCCGUGAGCAUACCUGCUGUAAAUAAGACACAACGAUUCUCAGUGCCGCCGUGAGUUCACAAGAACUUAAGAGAGACUUUUAACGUCACCCUCACUCGCUCCUCCACGCUGCGGGGUUUCCUGAACUGUUCGUGGUCUGAAGUAUGUGUGUGGCAACUCAAUCCCUUGUGAACGGUGUAUAAAUGUACAUAAUAUUAUUAAUAUGAAUAUAUUUUGAUAUUCACUUAUACUUGACUAUCUAUGUGGAUAGCACGACCUGCAAUGUAUGUCGAUUACAAAUACUGAAAUCAGAUGUGUAUGUACGUGUCUGUAUAUAUAUAUAUAUAUAUAUAUAUAUAUAUAUAUAUAUAUAUAUAUAUAUAUAUAUAUACUAUAUAUGUAUGUAUAUACAGUAUAUUAUACGUAUACUGUAUACGUAUGUGUACAACCAAACUAAUUAUCAACACGAUUCAAUAAUACUUUAUAGAAAACGUGCAUGAUACAAUGAAGUGCAUAUGACCGAUUGUCAACUAUUAAUAAACAUUCAAUAAGAAACAGUUUUUUUUUAUCUCAUCUCCAAACUUGCAGUAUUACAGCGCCGAGGAAACGCCGGAAGGAAGGAAUUAGACCAAGAACCCCCUAAACUUAAUAAAUGAACGACUGGUAAAAUGACAGCCCUCAUAACUCAGAACUGGACUCUUCUCAGUACAGGUAUACACGAGACGAGUACAAACCAAUUGCAACCGGAAUACAAAAUGCAGCUACACCAAAGGACAAGCGCUGGGACCUAUGAUUUCAUUCAGCGCUGCAACGGAAACUGGGAGUAGAAAGGUUUGAAAGGUGUGACAGGAGGGAAAACUAGACCGUGAGCUGCACCAUGAAACAAUUGUGAGGAGAGGGCGGAAAGCACGAUGGAAGAAAGAGAAUAAGAGCGGGAGUAGUACAGUAAAAAGAAUGACAAAGGGUUGCACCUAUAGAGGGUAAAAAAAAAAAAAAGUCUUACGAAAACCAAAUUCACUCCUUAAUGAUUACAAAGUCGCUUCUUGACAUGUGGCAGGUGAGACCUUUCAUGAAAAACCACGAAUAGCGGACAAGUGUUCCUUAAAUCAGAACCAUUAAAAAGUAUCAAAAUGUUAAACUAACACCUUCAGCAUGCAAUAUCCGCCGCCCACCAACCUCCACAGGCCAACGUCAACAGGUUAACCGCCAAAGGAAAUGCUUGGCCUUGUACUGCAACCUCAACCUUGCAAAGCGCUGCUAGACACACCCAACAGGGGUCUCAAGUGGAUAUAUAAACACUCAGUGGCUCUAUAAAUAGAUUAAACGUCCCGAAUUCCUG